ACCGUAUCUCUCACUCCAACCUUCUUCUAUCACUUCUAAAAUGGCCACCAUUUUUCUACCAAUGAUCCUCUUGGCAUCUUCACUAGCCAUUGCUUCUUCUUCAUCAUCAUCAAACCAAACCCCAGAUGCAAUAGUCAAUGAAGUCCACCAGAGCAUCAAUGCCUCUAGGAGAAGCUUGGGUUACCUCUCUUGCGGCACGGGUAACCCGAUCGACGACUGCUGGCGGUGUGACUCUAACUGGGCCACCAACCGCCAGCGGCUCGCUGACUGCGCCAUUGGGUUCGGAAAGAACGCAAUGGGCGGGCGAAACGGCAAGAUAUAUGUAGUCACGGAUCCCGGGAACGAUAACCCGGUGAACCCUGUUCCCGGGACCCUUCGACAUGCGGUUAUUCAAGAUGAACCGUUAUGGAUCAUUUUUAAACGUGACAUGGUUAUUCAGUUACGUCAAGAACUUGUUAUGAACUCUUUUAAAACUAUAGAUGGAAGGGGUGUGAAUGUGCAUAUUGGUAAUGGGCCAUGCAUUACCAUACAUUAUGCUACUAAUAUUAUCAUACAUGGUAUUCACAUACAUGAUUGUAAGCAGGCUGGAAAUGGUAAUAUUAGGAACUCACCACAUCAUAGUGGAUGGUGGACACAAUCUGAUGGUGAUGGGAUAUCCAUUUUUGCAAGUCAACAUAUAUGGAUUGACCAUUGUUCUUUGUCUAAUUGUCAUGAUGGGCUCAUUGAUGCCAUACAUGGAUCCACAGCCAUUACUAUUUCUAACAAUUACAUGACUCAUCAUGAUAAGGUCAUGCUUUUGGGUCAUAGUGAUAGUUAUACACAAGAUAAAAACAUGCAAGUUACUAUUGCAUUUAACCAUUUUGGUGAAGGUCUUGUUCAAAGAAUGCCAAGAUGUAGACAUGGAUAUUUCCAUGUGGUGAAUAAUGACUAUACACAUUGGGAAAUGUAUGCUAUUGGAGGUAGUGCAAACCCUACUGUCUAUAGCCAAGGCAAUAGAUUUUUGGCACCCAAUACAAGAUUUGACAAGGAGGUGACAAAACACGAGAGCGCACCCGAAAGUGAAUGGAAGAACUGGAAUUGGAGAUCAGAAGGGGAUUUGAUGUUAAAUGGUGCGUAUUUUAGGGAAUCGGGUAGAGGUGCUGCUUCAUCUUAUGCAAGAGCGUCGAGUUUAAGUGGCAGACCAUCUACACUCGUGGCGUCAAUGACUCGGGCAGCCGGGGCACUCAAUUGCAGAAAAGGAUCACGAUGUUAAUUAUUGACCAAAAAUAUAUAUAGUGUUAUUGCAAUUUGUAAUUUGAGUUAUUUUGUUGUUCUAUGUUUUUGUGACUUAUUUUUACUAAAAUGUCAACCUUUGUGCUUUGGUUGGAUAUGAAUCAAGAUGAGUCUUUCAUAUGGACCGA